AUGUCGUUGUCUUCUCUGUUGGACUCGCCUGUCCGUCUGCUGGAGGGUCAGUUCAUCAGAAAGUCUCUGCAGCAGCCCAUCCCUAUAGCCGGGCCCAGUCGCCACUGCCCAGUCGCCACUUCCCAGUCGCCACUGCCCAGUCGCCACUGCCCAGUCGCCACUGCCCAGUCGCCACUUCCCAGUCGCCACUGCCCAGUCGCCACUGCCCAGUCGCCACUUCCCAGUCGCCACUGCCCAGUCGCCACUGCCCAGUCGCCACUGCCCAGUCGCCUCUGCCCAGUCGCCACUGCCCAGUCGCCACUGCCCAGUCGCCACUUCCCAGUCGCCACUGCCCAGUCGCCACUGCCCAGUCGCCACUUCCCAGUCGCCACUGCCCAGUCGCCACUGCCCAGUCGCCACUGCCCAGUCGCCACUGCCCAGUCGCCACUGCCCAGUCGCCACUUCCCAGUCGCCACUGCCCAGUCGCCACUUCCCAGUCGCCACUGCCCAGUCGCCACUGCCCAGUCGCCACUUCCCAGUCGCCACUUCCCAGUCGCCACUGCCCAGUCGCCACUGCCCAGUCGCCACUGCCCAGUCGCCACUUCCCAGUCGCCACUUCCCAGUCGCCACUGCCCAGUCGCCACUGCCCAGUCGCCACUGCCCAGUCGCCACUUCCCAGUCGCCACUUCCCAGUCGCCACUGCCCAGUCGCCACUUCCCAGUCGCCACUGCCCAGUCGCCACUUCCCAGUCGCCACUUCCCAGUCGCCACUGCCCAGUCGCCACUGCCCAGUCGCCACUGCCCAGUCGCCACUGCCCAGUCGCCACUGCCCAGUCGCCACUUCCCAGUCGCCACUGCCCAGUCGCCACUGCCCAGUCGCCACUGCCCGGCAAGAGAGUAA